AUGUCAAGGAUUGAGAAAAUGAGUAUCCUCGGAGUGAGGAGCUUUGGGGUGGAGGAUAAAGACAAACAGAUUAUCACAUUCUUCAAUCCGUUAACUAUUUUGGUGGGACCAAAUGGUGCAGGAAAAACGACUAUCAUUGAAUGUCUUAAAUACAUAUCCACUGGAGAUUUUCCUCCUGGCACCAAAGGAAGCUCAUUUGUCCAUGAUCCAAAGGUUGCCAAUGAAACAGAUGUCAGAGCUCAGAUUCGAUUGCAGUUUCGAGAUGUAAAUGGAGAGCUCUUGGCUGUCCAGAGAUCCAUGAUCUGUACCCAGAAAGGCAAGAAAACAGAGUUUAAAACACUGGAAUCUGUCAUUACUAAAACAAGGCAUGGUGAGAAGGUCAGCCUGAGUUCCAAGUGUGCAGAAAUCGAUCGAGAGAUGAUCAGUGCCCUUGGUGUGUCCAAAGCAGUGAUCAACAACGUCAUCUUCUGCCACCAAGAAGAAUCCAACUGGCCACUAAGUGAAGGGAAGGCCCUCAAGCAGAAAUUUGAUGAGAUCUUUUCAGCAACAAGGUAUAUUAAAGCCCUCGAAACUCUCCGUCAGGUAAGAAUGAAACAAAGCUCGAAAGUCAAAGAGUGUCAGACAGAACUGAAGUACCUAAAACAGAACAAAGAGAAAGCACAGGAAAUCCAGGAUCACCUGAGCAACAGAGAGGCUCAACUGAUGGCUUCUAAGGAGAAUGUAAAAUCUAUUGAGAGUCAGCUUGAACCCCUAAAGAGUUCUCUGGCAGCAGUGGAACAGAAUCUCAUGAAAGUAAUGAAGCUGGACAACGAAGUGAAAGCCCUGGAGAGCAGGAGGAGGCAAAUGGAGAAAGACAAUCAAGAUCUGCAGCAGAAGAUGGAAAAGGUUUUUCAAGGAACAGAUGAACAACUAAGGGACAGAUAUGAGAACCACCAGAAAACAGUGAAAGAGAAGGAGAAGAGGUUGUCAGACUGCAAGCAUGAGUUGGAUAGAGCCAGCAAAGAGUGCCAGAGAUUUAACAGUGAGAAAUCAGAGCUGCUUGUUGAACGAGGUCGUCUCCAGCUGCAGGCAGACCGUCACCAGGAGCACAUCUCCACGAGGGACUCCCUGGUCCAGUCUCUGGCAGCCCAGCUGGGGCUCGAUGGCUUUGAGCGAGCACCCUUCAGUGACAGGCACAUCACCAGCUUUCACUCCUUGGUGAGGGAGAGGCAGGACAGAGAUGCAGAAGCUGCAGAGCGUGCCAUGAGAGAAUAUGCACGGAAAGAAGCAAUGAAACAAAAACAGAUAGAGGAGAUAAGGGACAAGAAAACUGGCUUGGAAAGAACCAUUGACCUGAAAUCAGACAUUCAAAAUAAGAAACAAGUGGAGCUGAAGAAUGUAAAACAGGAACUGCAGCAGCUGGAGGGGUUUUCAGACAGGAUGCUGGAGCUGGAUCAGGAGAUUGCCAAGACAGAGCAUGAGCUGGAGAAGGCUGAGAGGAGCAGCAACAUCAAAACACUGGAACAGGAAGUACAAACUCUGCAAAAUGAGAAGAUGAACCUGGACAAAGCUCUUAGGAAGCUGGAUCAGGAGAUGGAGCAGUUGAAUCUACAUACCAUGACAAUUACCCAGAUGGAUAUGCUAAAGAAAGACAAAGGAGACAAAGAAGAGCAGAUCAGAAAAGUGAAAUCAAGACAUUCUGAGGAACUGACGUCACUAAUGGGCUACUUCCCUAAUAAAAACCAACUUGAAGACUGGCUUCAUGCUCAAAAUAGAAAGAUUAAUCAGACAAGGGAUAAUCUUGCAGCCCUGAACAAACGGCUGGCGUCAGUGGAAUCUGAUAAAACUCACACCAAUAAGGAGCUAAAGAAGAAAGAGGAGCAGCUGUAUGAUCAUGAAACACGGCUCUCUGAUGUCUGUGGAAGCCAGGAUUUUGACAGUGACCUGAAGAAACUUCAGGAUGACAUUGAAAAAAGCUCCAAGCAGCGAGCUGUGCUUGCUGGAGCCACUGCAGUUUAUUCCCAGUUCAUUACACAACUGACUGAGGAGAACCAGUCCUGUUGUCCAGUUUGUCAAAGGAUUUUCCAGACAGAGGCUGAGCUGCAAGAUGUCAUUAGUGAUCUGCAGUCUAAGCUGCGCCUGGCUCCAGACAAACUGAAGUCAACUGAGGCUGAGCUUAAAAGAAAAGAGAAAAAACGUGAUGAAAUGAUGAGUCUCAAACCACUCAGGCAAACUGUAGCUGAACUCCAAGACAGGGACAUACCAAACUUGAGGAGCAAGAUCCAGAAUGCAAACAGGGAUUUAACAGCCCUGAAGGCUGAGAUAGAAGAACAGGAAACAACCUUGCAGACAUCUAUGACUGAGGAGGAGAGUGGCAAGGCAUGUUUACAGGAUAUAACACUAAUGGAAAGGUACCAGACUGAUAUUAGGGAUGUUGAACGGAAAAUUGCUCAGCAGGAGGCUAAGCUGCUGGGGGUUGAUUUGAGUAGAACUGUUCUCCAAGUAAGCCAAGAGAAACAAGAGAAAAAACACUUGUGGGAUACAGUUACUGGUAAAAUUGAGCUGAAUCAAAAACUCAAGCAAGACCAGCAAAACCAGAUUCAGCAGCUGAAGAGUGCAGUUAAUGACCUCAAAGCAGAGAAACUUCAGAUUUCCAGCAGCAUGCAGCGGCGGCGGCAGCUGGAGGAGCAAACAGUGGAAUUAACCACUGAGGUUCAGUCCUUGUGCAGAGAGAUCAAGGAAGCAAAAGAGCAGGUCUUUCCUUUGAAUGCAACCCUAGAUGAAUUGCAGCAGAAGAAGGAGGAUCUGGUCAAUAAAAGGACUGCAUGUAACAGAGAAGCACAGGAGAAGAUCAAUGGCAUCAAAGAGAAAGUUAAAGAUAUAAACAAGUACGUGAAAGAAAUUGAAAACUACAUUCAGCAGAGGAAAGAUGACUAUAGAAAGCAAAAGGAGUCUGAACUUGAAGAAGUAAAUUCUCAAUUAGCUGCCUGUGAGAAACAAAAGGAGAAGAUAAGUAAAGAGAUGGAAAUGAUUCGCCAAGAUAUUGACACUAAAAAGAUCCAGGAAAGGUGGCUGCAGGAUAAUCUUACUUUGAGAGAACGGAACAAAGAGCUAAAAGGAGUUGAAGACAAUAUAAAGCAGCUGGUGAAGGAGAUGGGAGAGAUGAAAGUCCCACAGCUGAAAAAUGAACAGAAACAUUUGGAGGAGAGAAUAGAAUCUCUGAAGAGGAGCCAUCACCUCGCUCUUGGCCGCCAGCAUGGAUUCGAGGAGGAGAUCGUGCGGUUCAGAAAGGAGCUUCGAGAGCCGCAGUUCAGAGAUGCAGAGGAGACGUACAGGGAGAUGAUGAUUGUUAUGAGAACGACAGAGCUGGCCAACAAAGACCUGGACCUUUAUUACAAGGCUCUGGAUAAAGCAAUAAUGACAUUUCAUAGCAUGAAGAUGGAGGAAAUCAACAAAAUAAUCCGUGACCUGUGGCGAAGCACCUACAGAGGACAAGAUAUUGAGUACAUAGAGAUCCGUUCUGAUGCAGACGAGAAUGUCUCAGCCUCUGAUAAAAGAAGAAGCUACAAUUACAGAGUAGUGAUGGUGAAAGGGGACACAGCUCUGGAUAUGAGAGGAAGGUGCAGUGCUGGGCAGAAGGUGCUUGCUUCUCUUAUCAUUCGCCUUGCUCUGGCAGAAACCUUCUGUCUCAACUGUGGCAUAUUGGCACUGGAUGAACCUACCACCAACCUGGAUCGAGAGAACAUCGAGUCUCUGGCACAUGCCCUGGUGGAGAUCAUCAAGAGCCGCUCGCAGCAGCGUAACUUCCAGCUGCUGGUGAUAACCCAUGAUGAGGAUUUUGUGGAGCUCCUGGGUCGUUCUGAAUAUGUGGAGAAAUUCUACAGGAUAAAGAAGAACAUUGACCAGUGCUCUGAGAUUGUGAAAUGCAGUGUCAGCUCCCUGGGCUCCUACGUUCAUUAG